UUAUGAAUGUCCUCUAAACUCCUCAAGAGUGCGUAUAUGGACUCAGGUGAAGGCAUAUUUAAAAAAUGGUUUGGGGUGGGUGUUUGGGUGAGACCCCCCUGCUUUUGUUCUAUUGAAAAGGGGGCUUGUUCCUCCAGGACCAACCCUACCAUUUUAACCAGGGGUGUCAGCGCGAGCGGGGUUGACAUUGGAGACUGACUGGCAAUGGUAGAAGAGGAGGGGAUAAGAGAGUCCACAGCACUGCUUCUUGAAGAAAGCUCAUCAGAUGCACUGUCCUGCCUCCUCUGACUGACAUUCACGCAUGAGACUGGAUCAAACGUCAAAGGAUCUAUUUCUGCUGCGCUCCUCACCUUCAUGGACAGCACGAGACUUGAGUCUGUAUGAUUAGGUGCAUCACAAUCUCUUUCGCUAAAACUUGAAAAGUAAAUCGUUUACAUGCUGUGAGUUUUGCGUUAAGUGCACUUAUUUGUCAUUCUCGUUCUUAUGAAGGAAAUCCAAUUAGUGCUUUUACUUGUCAGUGGUCACAGUCUGAAAAAGAAAAAAAAAAUCCUGGACAUUUUUUUUUCUGCUUCUGAGCAGCAGAUCUCGUAAUUUGCCAGUUGAUCUGUUCAUCAUAUGUUGCGAGUCACAGUUUGGAUACUAGCGCAGGACUUUACACAUUUUAACUGGAAAACCUGAAAAGAAAAAAAAAUUAAAAACCUGCAAAUUACGCAGAAUUUUUUCCCGAGGCCCUUCCCGUCCAGCAACAUGAGACUCAUUCCAUCACGAUUGAGUUAUCUAUUCCUUCACCUCUUUGCGUUUUGCUACUAUGCUCAGGUAACCAUUCAGUCCCCGCCUAAUUUUACACAGCAUGUGAGUGAGCAAAGUAAGGUGACGGACCGGGUCAGCCGUAGACUAAUCCGGACCUACCAGCUUUACAGUCGAACCAGUGGCAAGCACGUGCAAGUUCUGGCUAACAAGAAAAUCAACGCCAUGGCCGAAGAUGGUGACGCGCAUGCCAAGCUCAUAGUGGAGACGGACACAUUUGGGAGUCGAGUUCGAAUUAAAGGAGCUGAAACAGGCUUUUACAUCUGUAUGAACAGGAGGGGGAAACUGAUUGGCAAGAAAAACGGUCAGGGGAAAGACUGCAUUUUCACAGAGAUAGUCCUGGAGAACAACUAUACAGCUCUACAGAAUGUGAAGUACGAAGGCUGGUACAUGGCCUUCACACGCAAAGGCAGACCCCGCAAGGGCUCCAAAACCAGGCAACACCAGCGGGAAGUCCACUUCAUGAAGAGGCUGCCCAAGGGACACCAAAUCGCAGAGCACAGACCCUUUGAUUUCAUCAACUACCCUUUCAACAGACGGACUAAACGCACCCGCUACUCAGGAGAGCGUUGAAGAGUGAAGCCGGAGAAAAGGAGAGGACAGAGAGCGAGAGACUUUCUCAAACAAUGAACAGACUCCUCUUGUG